UUUCCAACAUGAAAUGAUCACUUAUAACCGAGGUACUCCGAAGACUGUAUGACUUAAACUGCCACAAUUCAGUACUUAUGCUUUAGCUUAUCAGCGCAAAUAGCACACAAUGCCAUUGAUACGAAAGUUGCCUCUGUUCCGUCUUUCGCUACACCAACUUCUUCUUCGACUACUACUGCCACCACCACUAUUAUUCCGUCUACCACCACUACCACUGCCACGAAUCACAGUGUGCCUGCGCCAUCUCUUGUUGCAGCUGCUGAUAGAUCUAUCUCCAAAAAAAAUCAGCAUCGUAACGAGAAAGAUAUGCGGGAUACCAUUUUUGGUCGAUAUAGGCAAGCCGUACAGCAAUUUUACGGCGUUCAUAUCGAUGACAAUGCCAAUAUGCCCUGGAAGGAUGAACGGAUGUAUGAGGAUAUUGUCAUGGAAGGAUGGCCGGAUAUUCCGCGCGAUCAUCCUUCUCGUUUGUCCCGACAUGCGAAAUUUGAGCUUGCUGGAUGUUUGAACAACAUUCGAUUCGUGCUAGCACCAAGACAGCAACAACAGCAGCAGCAGUAAAUAAGGAAAAUCCUUUUAAGAUCGCUUAAUAUAUAUACUACAUAUUUACGACUGACAAUCCGGAUCAAUAGGUUGGUUUGUCUAUUGGUUUUACGUAGACGCCAUGAAGGUUUUUGUGAGAGUAUGGUAUCACGGUAAUACUUAGACUCCAAUGUAUGGCGUUUCUCUGGUAGGUUAAAAUAUA